UUCUGGUGUUACCCUGUAACUUCAGGCAAUUUGAAAAUAAUCAACAUUGUUACUUUUACUUUUAUUAGAGGAUCGCAACCCGUAAAGAUUCAGUUUUCAUUUGGAUGUAGUGUUUCAAAAUCGUAUAAAGAUAGAAAACUUCAACUCAUAAAAAAUUAAUCAUUUAUAACUCGGUGAUAUUAAAUGAAGUUCUCUGUUUUGCGAAUUUAUCUUGUAAUAUAUUACUGCAAUGUAUUCAUUGCAGGAUAUUCAGACGGCGUCAAUAUGCCUCAAGUCAUAUUUUUGGAAGCAGGAACGAUAAUUGACUAUCAUCCAAAGACGCGACACAAGGGAUUUUUCGAUAAUGAUAUGCGAAUUUAUUGUUACAGUGGGUCUCGAAAAGAUUGGACCCAUAUUUUUGAGAAUAUUGAACUUCAGUUGGAAAUUGAAAAGGAUGAAUUUAAACAAUAUGAAGGUGCUACGCCAUUAGAAGUUCGACAAAAUUUUGAAGAUCGACAGUCAUUAUUUAGUUUUAAUUUGAUCAGUAAUAAACGGACACGUUUAAACCUAUAUCCCUUUAAACAACAGUGCAUUGGGAUUGACACCGCGCUGCCCUAUCGUGUACGUCUGCAGCAACUACGUAUUGACUAUUUUCGCAUUAUUCAAUUCUCCGUGGGUAUCUGUUCAUUUAUAUUUGCUGGAAGCCUUAGUAAUAACUCUAUAUUGUUUUAUCUGACUGGAGUUACUAUUGGAAUAGGCUCUUCUUUUAUGCUUAUUAUUUGGUUGACAAGUAAAUUAAUGCCCAGGCGUCCUAUGGUGUAUACCAUCUUGAUUGGUGGGUGGUCAAUUGGAUUUUACAUUAUCCAACGACUUUGGGAUAAUCUUCAUUUGAUUUUUCAAAUGUAUCGCGCAUAUGUUCUCUGUUAUAUAUUCACGACGGGAAUAAUAUCUUUCUUCUUUUGUUACCGUAUUGGUCCCCCAACAAAUCAGCGAUCGAAAAAUAUUAUAAAGUGGGUUUUACAAAUAAUGGCUCUUACUAUGGCGUAUUUUUCAAUACAAUAUCAAGAAGCCAGUGUAGUGAUUUUAAUCGCCAUAAUAAUUUUGAAUUAUUUGCCGAGUUCACUCUUAUACAAACCUCUCAAGAUUUAUAGAUGGAUAUUUCCACCUAAGAGACGUUUACUUACCAACGAGGAAUUUUAUGAAGAAGGUAUUAGAGAAACUUCCAAAGCCUUGAACGAAUUACGAGCAUAUGCCAACAGUCCUGACUGUAAACAGUGGAAAAUUAUAUCCAAACUAAGUGAUCCUUUACGAUUUGCAGCUUUUGUAGAAGGCCAGUCUCAUCUGAGAGAAGAAGAAAUCUUACGCUAUGAAAAUAACACAGAAACUAUUGAGCAAAGUGAAACCGACUCAGAUGAAAAUUUCGGAAUGGAGAAAGAAUACAAAAAAAAUAAUUUCCCUCGUUCUUAUUUGAAAAAAGAACAAUAUGGUUGGAAUCAAAGUAAAAUAUUUAGUAAUAAUAUUACGUAUGACGAUACGAGCGAAGAAGGUGAUAUUGUAUAUGAAGAUACUACAAAAUCAAAAGGUUCCGUUAAUAAUAUGAAUAUUCAAAACACAUCUAAUUAUGAAACGAGCGGUACACAUAAAUUUAAUGGCAGUAAUAAAGGCCGCACAUAUUCAUCGAAAUUUUCUAGUACCUCAAAAAGAGAAGCGAAGUCUAGAAUGUCGGUAACUUGAUGUUACAUUUAGCUGCCCACAUUAUUGCAGCGCAUCUAAAAGUGAUUAUUAGUGAAACCUUCUCACAUAAAAGAGACUUAACACAGUCAGGGUCAGUGGGACUCACAUAAUGUUAUUGUUUAUAAUGAGUUGUACAACUCUCUCUCUCUCUUUAAAUUGUGUAUCAACAUUUGCUCUUUGAAUGUUUUAGGAUAUGUAUACUAAUAAAAAGACUGCUAUUUUUUUCACCUGAAA